GGUCACACUGUGUUUAUGCUAAAAAUCAGGCGCCAAUUUGUGUGAUUUCUAUAAGCAAUUUUAAAAGCAGAACCAUGCAGGCCAAAGCAACCGACAGCCGACAGGAACCGACGCUGCAUAUGGACACAAAUGCGCGUCGCAAUUUCAUCAAAUUCCAUGCGAAACUUGGCGAGAAACCCGCAACUACAGUGCGAUUCUUCGACCAUUCCGAUUGCUACACAGUACAUGGCAGCGAUGACUGCGAACUGGUGGCCAAAGUGGUGUACAAAUCCACCGCCUACAUCGGAGCCCUGCUGCCGGAUGACAAGAAGGAGACGCUCCAGUUCGUCUCCAUGUCCAAGGGCAACUUCGAGCUGGCCGUGCGGGAGCUGCUCCUGGUGCGGAAUCUCCGCGUGGAGGUGUAUGUCAAGAAGUCCAACGACUGGGAGCUGGAGUACCGCGGCUCGCCCGGCAAUCUCCUCCAGUUCGAGGACAUUCUGUUCGCCAACAAGGAGGUUCUGGUGGGCAACAGCAUCAUCUCGCUGCUGGUCAAGCUAGAGGGCGGUGGCCAGCGACGCGUGGGCGUGGCCAGUGUGGAGCAGAACGACUGCAAGUUCCAGCUGCUCGAGUUCCUCGACGACGACUUCUUCACCGAACUGGAGGCCACCGUUGUGCUCCUGGGACCCAAGGAGUGCCUGCUGCCCAGUCUGGAGGGCGACUAUGCGGCCGUGAAGACGCUGCUCGAGCGGAAUGGCGUCAUGAUCACGGUGCCCAAGAAGAGUAGCGCAAAUGAUUUGCUGCAGGAUCUCAACCGCCUGUUGCGCUUCGCCAAGGGACAGCAGGAGGAUGCCACGGGCUUGAAGGAGCUGCAGCUUCAGCUGGCCUCCAAUGCAUUGAAGUCGGCUAUUAAGUACUUGGACCUGGUUAACGACGCGGGGAACCUGGGGCACUACGAAAUCAAGCAAUUGGAUCUAAAGCGCUUUGUGCACUUGGACUCGGCUGCCGUGGCUGCGCUAAAUAUCAUGCCCAAGCCGGGCACUCAUCCUUCCAUGCCCUCGUAUCGCUGGCAGAGCAUUAUGGGCGUGCUGGACCAUUGCCGCACUCCACAGGGACACCGGCUGAUGGGCCAGUGGGUUAAGCAGCCGCUGCGAAGCCGAGAUAUCCUCAAUGAUCGUCACAAUAUCGUUCAGUGCCUACUCGAAUCUCCGGAUACCAUGGAAACGCUUAGCCUGGAUUAUCUUAAGCGCAUUCCGGAUAUUCUCAUGCUGACCAAGAAGCUGAUGCGAAGGAAAGCUAAUUUGCAGGAUCUGUUCCGAAUUUACCAAGUUAUUCUGCGAACUCCAAAGAUUCUAAAGGUUUUGCUUGAGCUGGAGAACUCCACAAUAGAGAGUGUAAUCUGCGCGCCUUUCAAAAGCUUCCUGGAGGAUCUGACUGGUCUCAAGCAGAUGGUCGAGCAGGUGGUUGACUUUGAGGCCAUCGAAAGGGGCGAGUACCUGGUGAAGGCUUCGUUUGACAGCCGACUGAUGGAACUGCAGCAGACCAUGACGGAGCUUUAUGAGAAAAUGGAAAGGCUGCAGGCCAAGUGCAGCGAGGAGUUGGAUUUGGAUGGCAAGAACCAGGUGAAGCUGGAAAAUGUGGCCAAAUUGGGACACCAUUUCCGCAUCACUGUGAAGGAUGAUUCUGUGCUGCGCAAGAACAAGAACUAUCGCAUAGUGGAUGUCAUCAAGGGCGGCGUUCGCUUUACGUCCGAUAAGUUGGAGGGCUAUGCCGAUGAAUUCGCCAGUUGUCGCACGCGCUACGAGGAGCAACAGCUGUCCAUUGUGGAGGAGAUCAUUCAGGUGGCUGUGGGCUAUGCGGCCCCACUUACUUCGCUCAACAAUGAGCUCGCCCAGCUUGACUGUUUGGUCAGCUUUGCAAUCGCCGCGCGCAGUGCUCCCACUCCCUAUGUGCGACCCAAAAUGCUGGAGGAAGGUGCCCGCGAAUUGGUUCUCGAGGACGUGCGUCAUCCCUGCUUGGAACUGCAGGAGCAUGUCAGCUUCAUAGCCAACAGCGUGGACUUUAAAAAGGAGAAAUGCAACAUGUUCAUCAUCACGGGACCAAACAUGGGUGGCAAAAGUACCUACAUUCGUUCCGUGGGAACCGCUGUGCUUAUGGCCCAUGUUGGUGCCUUUGUACCCUGCAGCUUGGCCACAAUUAGCAUGGUAGACUCCAUCCUCGGAAGAGUGGGAGCCAGUGAUAACAUCAUCAAGGGCUUAAGCACAUUUAUGGUGGAGAUGAUUGAAACAUCUGGGAUAAUAAGGACCGCUACUGACAAAUCCUUGGUAAUCAUUGACGAACUGGGUCGUGGCACUUCCACCUACGAGGGUUGUGGCAUUGCCUGGUCAAUCGCUGAACAUCUGGCCAAGGAGACCAAGUGCUUCACUCUGUUCGCCACUCAUUUCCAUGAGAUAACCAAGCUGGCAGAGUCUCUGCCGACGGUUAGAAACUGUCAUAUGGCUGCAGUGGCCGAUGCGGAUAACUUUACGCUGCUCUAUCAAGUGCGUCCAGGGGUUAUGGAAAAGAGUUUUGGCAUUCAGGUGGCGCGAUUAGCAAAUUUUCCCGAGCAUGUCGUUCAGAAUGCGCAGGAGGUGUAUAAUGAGUUCGAGGACGAACAUGUGGACAAGCAGAAAAAGGAGGACAAGGCACUGCUGGAGAAGAUUCAAGUGGCCAUACAACAGCUGUCGACAGCCGGGAACAACGUCGAUAUCAACGUAGAGGACUUGACCCAGCUGGUGACGCAGUUUACGAAGGACAUUGAGCAGUUGGAUAGCGAUUACUUUAAAUCCGUGCUGGCCACUAGUGAGGCUUAGGAUGAAGGUUGGGGCUAAAAGUAUUUUUUAACAGGCAGUA